AUGUCAUCAGCAGCCAAAACCCUCUUCACCCUCCCCGUCCCUAAAAUGGACUCCCACCCAGGCGGCACGAUAACCUGCACGACGCCAGCCCCGCAAGUCUACCUCCUAACCUGGUCGUCGCCGCCAGACAACCGCCUGACGACGCCCUUCUGCCGGGCCUUCCUCGCCGCCCUCGACAUAAUCGAGUUCUCCCACCCGCCAGGCGUCCUCGUCACCACCUCCGCCAUCCCGAAAUUCUACUCAAACGGCCUCGACCUCGAACACGCCUUCGCCACCCCGGGCUUCUUCCCUGACCCGCUCUACCGCCUCUUCAAGCGCCUGCUGACCUACCCCAUGCCCACCCUCGCCCUGAUCCCCGGCCACGCCUUCGCCGGCGGCUUCAUGACCGCCAUGCACCACGACUACCGCGUCAUGAACCCGCAAAAGGGCUUCCUCUGCAUGAACGAGCUCGAGUUCGGCGCCCCGCUGAAACCCCCCAUGUCCUCCAUCUUCCGCAUCAAGUGCUCCCCCAAGAUAUACCAGGAGAUCGUCCUCGAGGCGAAGCGCUUCCCGGGCCCCGCGGCGCUCGAGGUCGGCCUCGUGGACGCGCUCGGCGGCCUGGACGAGGCUCUCAAGUUCAUCGCCGACCGCAAGCUCAUCGACAAGGGCAAGUCGGGCGUGUACGCCGUGCUAAAGAUGGAGAUGUGGCGCGAGAGCGCUUUCGCGCUGAGCAAGGAGAACCACGAGGCCGAGGAGGAGAGGUGGAAUGCGAGGGAAGACCUCGAGAAGAAGCGCGUGGAGGAGGGCAAGAAGUUUGUCGAGCAGUGGAAGGCCGGCAAGGCCAAGUUGUAA